AGGUCUCCAAUCAGAGCGGGAGCCGGCAGUCAGUUUGAGCUUGACGGACGUCGCGCGCAUCCGGUAGGUUGGAAAGCUGUGCGCGCUCUAGAAUGAUGGACAUGAGCAGCACCCAAUGAGAUUAGAGCGAGGCAAUCCACAGGCGGGCCCAACCCCUCAGCGGCCACACGCAGGCCCAGUGCCCUGAGACCAGCGGCGGGGCGGAGCCGCCUCUUGUCUGCCUGAUGGACAGGGCUGUUGACCAAUAAUAAUGCGGUAAUGCAGGCGGGAGGCAGGCAAUCCGUGUGACGGGCAGGCGGACAAGCCAAUCAGGCGCGGCAGGAAGAGGGGCCGAUUCUGGAAGCCAUUACGCCAGUGCCGCAGGGCGGGGGCCGUUGCGCGGGGCUGCCGGGCGGGCGCCGUACGCAAUUUGCGUAUCGUUGGCGGUGCCAAAGGGGGAACGGGGGGGACCGACCCCUCGGGGCCCUGAGGGGCCUCGGGGCCCCCCUGUUGUCCCCGGUCCCGGGGGUGGGGGGGCCCUGCCGCCCCUCGGCCCUCCCCAGCGUCCCCCAGGCCCCCCAGGUGUGACCCCUGCCCCGUCCCCGGUGCCCCCCAUGGCCAUGGCGUCGCCGCCGGCGCCCCCGGCCAAGAAGCGGAAGAUGAACUUCUCGGAGCGGGAGGUGGAGAUCAUCGUGGAGGAGCUGGAGCGGGGAAAGCACCUCCUCGUCAACCACUUCAACGCGGGCGUGCCGCUGGCCGCCAAGGCCGCCGCCUGGCACGACAUCCUGCGCCGCGUCAACGCCGUCGCCACCUGCCACCGCGAGCUGCCCGAGGUCAAGAAGAAGUGGUCCGACCUCAAGACCGAGGUGCGGCGCAAAGUGGCCCAAGUGCGGGCUGCCAUGGAAGGGGGAGGCGAGAACCAGAACGGAGGCGGCAACGGGCCCGAGGGCGAGGACCCGGCGGGCGCCGCGGCCGCCCCGGUGAUCCUCACCCCCAUGCAGCAGCGCAUCUGCAACCUGCUGGGAGAGGCCACCAUCAUCAGCCUGCCGAGCGGCGACUGCGGCGCGGGUGACGGGAGCGAGAUCCCCAUCACCGCGGCGGCCACCACGGUCACCCUGACCCAGAUUCCUGCAGAGACAACCUACCACAGUCUGGAGGACGGCGUUGUGGAGUACUGCACCACGGAAGCCCCCACCACGGUCACUGCGGAGGCGCCCUUGGAGAUGAUGGCCCAUCAGCACGAGGUGUCUGCCAAGCCCCAGGAGCUGAAAAGCCGCAUUGCCCUCAACUCAGCCAAGCUCCUGCAGGAGCAGCGAGUAACCAACCUGCACGUGAAGGAGAUCGCCCAGCACCUGGAGCAGCAGAACGACUUGCUGCAGAUGAUCCGCCGCUCGCAGGAGGUGCAGGCGUGUGCCCAGGAGCGGCAGGCGCAGGCCAUGGAGGGCACGCAGGCGGCACUGAGUGCCCUCAUCCAGGUCCUCCGCCCCAUGAUUAAGGACUUCCGUCGAUUUUUGCAGAGCAAUACACCCAGCCCGUCGGUCACCGCUGAUCCUGGCCAGACAGGGCAGCAAGAUGAUCUAUAGCCUUUAACUGACUUCUGACGUGGAGAGUUUUGCCGGGAUAUCAGUGCUGCAGCUGCCAGGUACAGUGAUCCUGAACCCACAGUGCACACAGUGAAUGCAUUUCUGGCUCUUGCUGAAAGCAUUUACUGGAAACGUGGUACCGGAUGUGGUAGAACCUUCCCUCUGCACUGAGAGCCGUGGAUCGUGCUCCUGCAGCGUCACAUCCUGCCCGUGCAGACCAGCACCCAGCCUCUGUGCAUUUUAAAUCCCACCUGCCUCCCCUAAGGAUCCCAGCGGGAUUGAAACAGUGCAUUCACCUCAUGUGUUAUCUCUGUGCCGUCAUGAAAUUUCUCUAUCAACUUGGCAGAUGUGAUGAAAGUUUCAUGUCUUGGGUACCAGAAACUCUCCUGGGAUACGUCUUGGCACAGUGUCUUUAUUUGUCGCAGCGUAAACACCCGAGGGCCCGGGUGAGUUUCACUGGGGCAGAUGGAACGGUGAAACUCCAUCUCUGCUUCAUCUGCAUAGUUUGUCACCUCCAGAAUACCUUGAUCCUUCAAAGCAGACCUGGACUGAGGUCCUGGACUAAGCUGCAGCCACACAGGAAUUCCCAGUGUUGAGGAGUUUGUCAGCCACUGAUUUGAGUGAAUUUUGGGGCAUUACUUGGUUCUGCUGCUGGCAGUGUUUGUUUCGUACUGUUCGGGAGCUGGAAGCCAGUCCAACCAUUCCGUGUUUGUCUGCUGGCUGGCCUCAUCCUGAGAAACAGAGCUGAGGUUCUCCUCACUAUCCUAUACCGUUAUACAGGGUGAAACAACACGACAGCCACUUCUGAGGCAUUCAGGCUAUGGGGCUUGGUCCUUAAUGAGAAAGCUUAAUUGCACAGGAUGGUCAACGUGAUUCUCACAGACUUGCAGCAACUUCAUAAACUUUGAUUAAAGGUCCACUUGUACAUGCAUGGAAGAAAACUUAGGGAAGGAAAAAAAGGAAGUGUAAGUCUUCUCCUUCUGCCUUGCAAAGUGGCUUACAUUUUACAGGCUUGUUGCUUGCCAGGUUAUUACUUUUGAAACUGAACUUUUCCAGAGCUGGUAUUUACUUGCUGUUAAGUCUCCUUUAGGGCUGACGAGGGAGUGAAUUUGCACAAUCAAAUGAAACCUUUACACAGCCUUUAAUGGGGAGGUGCUGAUGGGGGCCCCUGGUUAGAGCAGUAGGUGACGAGGUCACUGCUGUCAGUCCCUGGCCUUUACUCAUCUCCUCCUUUCUACAAAUCUGAUGGGGGAGGAAAGGACACCACAGGGAGAAGGGUUUGGUCCCUGGAAGACUCCCAACCCCUCAGGACUGACACCUCCAAGCUGAGUCAGGGUGGAUCCUGUCUUGUCUGGCAUCUCACCACAUGAGUAGCACUUGCCUGACUCUUACUCUUAGACUUUGUGGAAUCAAAUCAAUUGCUGAAUUGAAAUUAUUUUUAGAGUGAGAACUAUGUCAUAUGUGUUGGUUUACCUCAUUUGUGUAAUGAUCUCUCCUUUACAAAUAUGAAUUUUAAUAAAAAAUACAUUUUGGUAAA